UGGCGCGGGAUCUGCGCUGUGAUGUUUUCGGUAUCCUGCGGAGCAAGCAGCUGGACCGAAGCUCACCGCGCCCUCCUCACCCUCAGCCUUCUCUACCGGGACAUCACGCUCACCGGAACCGCCCUCACCCUCAACGGAGCUCGGGAGCUCAUUUACCGUUACAUGAGAGAUCCAGAGAGCGCUGACAGGCGCUUUAAACCAGCGGACACUCGAACCGAUGCUAGCAAGCUAACAGCAUCCUGUCGCGCGGACCGAGAAAUCAAAACAAUGUCUUUAUUUAUUACUCCUAGUUCAUUUAUACUGCUUUUAUGAAGUGAAUGUGCUUCUCGCUCAGACACAGGCGUGGUGUUAUGUGUGUUAGUGACAGUAGCACGUGUUGUUUCUAAGUUACAGGUGCUUUUACUCUUAGUUUGUUGUCUAUCUCUGUGUAUUAUAAGAGUCCCCAUUAGUAAAGUGAAUGCCAGCUCAUUCAUACUCCUAGAGGUUUAAUAAAACAAUGAGAAGAGCUGGACAGUAUAAAGACUGAUCUGGGAACUUAGCAGCUCGAUGUCAAGCUGUGAAUCAGAGUUAUUACACGGUGAAGCUCAGUCUGAGCUCGUCUUAGAUUAAACAUCAGCCAUGGCUCCCAAGAAGAGACCCGAGCCCAUAGUUAUAACCGGAUCUGUGGAAGCACAGACGAGCUCUACAUCCAUCGACGCAGCUUCAGAAGCGAAUCUCGAGGCCCUGCAGAAGAAGCUGGAAGAGCUGGAUCUGGACGAGCAGCAGAAGAAGCGUCUGGAAGCUUUCCUCACGCAGAAAGCCAAUCUGGGCGAGCUGAAAGAUGACGAUUUCCAACAUAUCAGUGAACUGGGCGCUGGGAACGGAGGGGUGGUUAAUAAAGUGUGCCACAAACCCUCUGGCCUCGUAAUGGCCCGGAAAUUAAUUCAUCUGGAGAUCAAGCCAGCCAUCAGACAUCAGAUCAUCCGGGAGCUGCAGGUCCUGCACGAGUGUAACUCUCCGUACAUCGUGGGCUUCUACGGAGCGUUUUACAGCGACGGGGAGAUCAGCAUCUGUAUGGAGAACAUGGACGGAGGCUCUCUGGAUCAGGUUCAGAAAGAGGCUCGCAGAAUUCCCGAGGAGAUCUUGGGGAAAGUCAGCAUAGCCGUUUUAAGAGGUCUCGCUUACCUUCGAGAAAAGCACCAGAUUAUUCACAGAGAUGUGAAACCUUCCAAUAUCCUGGUUAAUUCCCGCGGGGAGAUCAAACUGUGUGACUUCGGCGUGAGCGGCCAGCUCAUCGACUCCAUGGCCAACUCUUUUGUAGGAACACGCUCGUACAUGUCGCCGGAGCGCCUGCAGGGCACUCAUUACUCGGUGCAGUCAGACGUGUGGAGUAUGGGUCUGUCUCUGGUGGAGCUGGCCAUCGGCCGCUAUCCCAUUCCUCCACCCGAUGUGAAGGAGCUGGAGGGCAUCUUCGGCAGGGCAGUGAUGGAUGUUAGGGAGCCAGGGACACACAGUACGUCUGCUCGACCCAGACCCCCCGGCAGAGCCGUCAGCGGUCCAGGGCCAGUCAUGGCUAUAUUUGAGCUGCUGGAUUAUAUAGUCAAUGAGCCGCCUCCUAAACUCCCUCACGGCGUCUUCACUCCUGAUUUCCAGGACUUUGUGACCAAAUGUCUGAUUAAAAACCCUGCGGACCGAGCGGACCUGAAGAUGCUGGUGAAUCACACGUUUAUUAAGCGCUCCGAGGUGGAGGAGGUGGACUUCGCAGGAUGGUUGUGUAAAACGAUGGGGCUCAAUCAGCCCAGCACACCCACUCAAACAUCUGAAUGACACACACACACACACACACACACCUGACCGUCACA